AUGGCUUCCUGCGGCAAGUACCUGGUGCGCCCCCGCGCCGAGCGCCGCGGGUGGGAAUGGGCGCCUGCCAAGGCUUGCUCGCAGCGCGGCUCGCACCUCCAGAUACUCAAGCAUGCGAGGAUGGAAGCGCUGCGAGGCAAGAGUCUCGACCAGCAGACCCAGUCGCUGCGCGACCAAGUGCAGAUCACCAAGCAGAAAGUGGAGGGCUCGCAGCACGAGCUCACCGACAUCGCGGCGCAGAUCACACCCCCGGCCACCCAGUGCAAGACGAGAUCCAAGGAGCUCGCGGACACGAAGGACGAGCUGCAGCAGCUCGAGGCGCAGAGGGCCAUGGCGGCCCACGCGGCUGCGCAGCAGGCUAAAGUGCACGACCCGGCCAACACCGUCGACCAGCUCAAGAAGCUGCGCGAGAGCGCAGUGGCGGAGGAGGACGAGGCCAUGGCCAUCGUGGGCCGGGGCAACCGCGACAAGCAUGCCCUGGGUGAGGUCGCCAACACCAUGGAGCAGAAUAAGGGCGAGGAGGAGAAGAUAUGUCGCCUCUUUGACACCAUCAAGCAAGUUACCUUCAAUGGCAGCUGCUGGCCAACAUUCGAGCAGUUCGUUGAGUCGCAGUGGGUGAAUGAUGUGACGCUGAUCUGCGCCCAGGAACACAGGCUAUGCGAUGGGGGCAUCAUUGCCCAGAAGGCCCAGUGGCGCCAGCGGAGGGGAUGGCCGGCACACAUCCCGCCAGCUAGUUUCAAUGACAGCGGGGAGCGCGUCAACGGAGUGGCCAUCCUCGUCCGCGACGGGCUCGACCCGGGGUUGAGUGUCUGCCUGGAGGCCCCAGGCCUGCCGAAGGUAGGCCUCAUGAGCACGCAUUUCCUCGCCUCAGAGGGCCUAGGUAAGACCAACCUGGGCCUGCUCGCAGACAUUGCUGUCCCACAGGCGGACACUAACCAGCUAGAGCAUUUGAUGGCAGGCCUGCAGGACUCGCCAGAGGAGUUUGCACCGGUCGAAUGUUUGAAGCAGCUGUUGGCGACAGCAGUGCAGCUAGUAGCAUACACUAAGAGAGAGAGCGCAGCGGGUCUCCAGUGGGCGGUGUUGUACUUCGCGGCCCUGCGCUGCGGCGUCAUUCUCUCCACGCUCAACCCCGCGUACCGCGAGGACGAGCUCGGCCAUCAGAUCGCCGACUGCGGCGCCGCCUUCCUGGCCACCGUGCCCGAGCUGCUCGGCAUAGCAAAGACCGGGGCCGCGCGGUGCGACACGAUCAGGGAGUUCUUCGUGUUCGGCGAGGCGCCUGGCGCAACCCCGUUCGCCGAGCUUUCGAGGAUAGGCGCCUACUGGGAGUUCCAGCCUGUCCAGAUAGACAAGCAGAACGACGUGGCUGUGCUGCCUUACUCGUCAGGGACAACCGGGAUGCCGAAGGGCGUGCAGCUGACCCACCACAACCUUGUCGCCAACAUCAAGCAGAUGUCAGAGUGCAUCUUCCCAAACAUAGGCAAGAAGGACACGUUCCUCGCAGUCCUGCCGUUCUUCCAUAUUUAUGGUAUGAACAAGGUGCUUGCCAUGGGCCUUCGCAGUGGCGUUCGGAUCGUCACUAUGCCGAAGUUCCAGGCCAAGGAGUAUCUGCAGCUCUUGAAAAAGUACGAUGUGACCGUGGCUCACGUCGCGCCUCCCCUCGUGAAUUUCCUGGCGAACAAUCCUCUCGUCAAGGAGGUGUUGCCCCUCACCUCGCUAAAGGAACUCUUCUGCGGAGCUGCUCCUCUAGGCUACGAGUUGGCCCUGAAGGCUAAGAAACGCCUAGGGAUCCCCAUCGUGCGACAGGGCUACGGCAUGACCGAGCUCAGCCCCUCGUCCCACGCCUCGCCCUAUGACUCGCACAAGUACGGCAGUUGCGGCCGCUUGCUAGCAAACAUGGAGUGCAAGAUCGUGGACGUGGACACGGGGAAGACCAGGGGAGUCGGCCCCACGGAGGCUGGGGAGCUCUGGCUGCGAGGGCCCAACAUCAUGAAAGGUUACUUGAACCAUCCCGACGCGGACAAGACCAUCAUUGAUGCGCAGGGAUUCCUACAUACUGGCGACAUCGGCUACGUAGAUGAGGACGGCGACUACUUCAUCAUUGAUCGUCUAAAGGAGCUGAUCAAGGUGAAGGGCUUCCAGGUGAGCGCUGAUUUAGAGCCACAAAUGUAGCACAGCGGUCUGUUUGUGAUUAGCACCCGUUGCCGAGCAUCGGUGAAAUCAGUGACAUGAUUUGCCGUGGGGAUCCAGCAUUUCCACGUGAGCACCAAUCCAAGUUUUCGAGGUGUCACACGACUACGAAUCAUUGCCAUUGGCAGACACUAUUGUUGUAGUAAGGGUCGCAAGGCAACCAACCAAAGAGGGCUCUCAUCUUCAGCAGCACGCUACUCAUGUCCAGAAUUCACCACUUGGUAUUGUUCUCGGCUUCGCGGCGGUGUCGACGGAUCGUUCGAUCAGCGUUCGGUAGAAUGAGGCAGCUGAAGGACUUAGCAGUCCAGCACACUCCACCUAUACGUGGCAAUAUGUAUAUAAUGUCUCGUGUGCACGGGCACGUGUUCGGCUAUGCUCGCGUCAUGUAUAGCCGCGUGCUGGCGUGUGCAUAUGCAUGCUUGCUUAAUGUGUGUAAAAUUAUCGUUGGCAUUUUUGGGGGAUCAUCUUGACAUGCAAUGGUCAGGGGUGCGUUCGGCAGGACGCGUCCUAUUGCCCGAUAGCACUCGCCAGACGGUCCGCUAUACCAUUAUAGUUGGCAGCCCUGAGAUGAGAGCGUCUCUGCCCAGAGAUGCUAGGGGCGUUCUGGAGAGUGUCAGCUCGGGGUGCCGCUGGAGACAGUCUGGCAAGCAGGCCAGUUCGUAAGGGUUUGGAUAAGUCGCCAUCCAAGGCAUCAAAUUUCGCAUUUUGCCUACACAGCCGGCCAGACGAAUGGACGGGAAUGCAGGCAGAUGCUCUCAAAGGUUGGGUAGCCCUUGCCUGUCGGGAGCGCGGAAGGCGAGCAUCUGCCGCUCGUCCGCGUUCGUCGUUGUUCCAGCUUCUUGGGAGAGGUGGCAGCUGCAAAUCUCUUCGUACGCUCUUUGUAGCUUUGCACGGGCAGAGUGCGCAGCGUGACCAGAGGGUAAGUAUGAUUUGCGCCCGACUUUAAAGAAGUCGAGCAGGUCGCACCAGCGGAAAUUGAAGGCCUUCUUUUGAAGCACCCAGAGAUCGAGGACGCUGCUAUCAUCGGGGUGCCCGCAAAGCGGGAAGGAGACGGCGAGACGCCGAAGGCUUUCAUUGUCAGGAAAGCGAGCAGCAAUCUUACGGAAGACCAAGUCAAAGCCUACAUUUCUUCGACAUUGGCCCCGUACAAGCAUCUCGGCCCGGAAACCGCUGUCGGAGAUGCCGAAGGUGACGACAACAGCGCAGAAGCACAGGGCGACGCCGAACAACAGGUGGCCCAGCGAGCGGAUGAGGGUGCCAAAGCGCAGGUGGCCCAGCAAGUACACGUAGCAAUUGGACCACAGCAGGCCCAGGAAGUACACCCACUGCCAG